AGUGUAUUCCGUCACGUUCACGUGAAAGAAGGCGCAACAUACUUAGUCACAUGGGUAGCAUAUACUUGUCAGACACCGACUGGAUUGAUCAGGUACAUAUAGGAUAUCCAUUAUCAUCUUCUUUAGGACUUCACAAAUUUCAACUCACUUUCACUGGACGUUCUCUUGGACCGGUGAACAAACGAAAGGGGAUAUUAGGGCGUACUCUUAAGGAGGGAGACGUGCUCUGACGUCAUGGUGUGUCACAUCACGGUCGUGUUGAUUUGGGGGUUCAUGGCUGUAUAUCUGCAGCGCGCAGUUCUGUCCGAGACUCGUUUGUGCUCUCAAUGUCGAUCAGACCAUCAAGCCGAGUGUGCCACGGAGCCGCCAACGCCAGAACCAUGUCCAGAGGGCGCUUCAUUCUGCUCAAUCAUUCGAGAGAAAUCUAUGAACGGUGAAUCGGUGACUCUUCAUCGUGGAUGUACGACAGUGAUGACACAAGAAUGUGUGAUUCGGCCUGUCACCAACAUCACCGCCUGCUACUCGACGUGUGACACCGACGGUUGUAACCAUGGCAACUCAGUCACCAUCACUUCCGUUGCUAUCCUGAUGAUGUCAAUUCUCUCGCGCCUUUUCAUUGGACACUGCUAGUAUGAUGAUGUGAUAUUAAACAAAUUAUCAGUAUGGACUGUGGCUUGUAUGGUGCCACAAUGUUUAUGAAAUAUAUAUGCUCAUUAAACAUAUGAUUGAGUGAGUACAUCUAAUCAUUUCAACAUUCCAGUGUCUUCCAAUCAGAUUACGUUUUAUUUUUCUUUAAAUGCGAUACUGUCGGCCAAAGACACGCCGGCAGAUUAAUCAAAGAAAAAUAUUAGUAUAAUUUUUAAUUUCCUGGAAUCAUAAAUCAAAAAUCCGGAUAUUACUGAAUGUAUAUACUGUAGUAUCUAGCUUAGUUACUCACAAUCGUUCCAUCCGUCGGUUAGUUCAUAUUCAAACAUGUCCGGAUGAAAAGAAAAAGUCAAUCAAAAAUUUGAAACUAGCUUGACUGUGUGAUAUUUUUGAUUUAUUUUCUAUUUUAUUUUUUAUUUUAAUUUUUUUUCUUUUCUUCAAAUUGUACUUUUCACAUUCCCUGCUUGAGUCCAUAUGAAAAGUCAUAUUGAUCAACCGUGAAAACAUGAAAUUUGAAUUGUUUCCCCUUUUGAUUGUCAAACAAUGUUCAAUAUCUUGGACGCAAUUGCGACUUCAGUACGUAAUGAUUGUAAUAAUACAUUAUUUAUGAAUUAGUGUAUUGAAUGUAUUUUGGUACAUCAGUUUACAGAUGUAUUUUAAUAUUUAGAAAUGUUGCUUGCAUUCAUAGAUUUUUUCAUAAAACAAUGUGUAGCCUUUUGUAUUCGGUUAGAAAAUGGUGUCAUUGACGUUAAAAUUAUCAACCUCGGACUUCGUCCACUAUCAAUUUGUUCUCAGGUUCAUAAAACCAUAUAUCAACCUGAUCAAGAGGCUAUACUUGUAUAUUAUCACAUACAAUCAUACAUCACGUUUUGUGAACAAGAAUGCUUUAAAUGUUUUCCGUUGUGUAGUAGCAAUAUAGUAACUGGCUCAAACCGUUCGUGACGUCAUGGAAUUUCCUCUUAUAUCCAUCAAUUGUUAUUAUUGCCAUAAAAUCGUACUUCUUGGGUUAAGGAAUUUGUGAAAACGACUGCAUGGUUUCGUUUCAUCAUUUAAAAGGCAUUUGAAUAAUAAAUUAAGUUGUAUAAUCUU